AUAUAUAUGUAUCAAUUAUUAGGAUCAUAUUUUCACCUGUGAACUAAACAUAUAUAGAUGUAUAUAUAAUGAUAAUUCACUUUUAACAAUUUAAUUUUUACCAUUAAUAUGAAUAAUAUUACAUUAUCAUUACUUAUUAACAAUGAUGUAUUUACUAAAACUACUUAUAUCAAUAUAAGUAAUACACAAAAUCAUACAUGUAUAGAUCAUUUUCAAUGGUUAGAAUUAUUUCAUCAAAAUUAUCAACCAAUACAUGUUUAUUUAUGUUUAAUCUUAUGUCCAAUUGGUGUUAUAGCAAAUACAUUAAAUGUGAUUGUAUUAUGUCAACCACGUUUACGUAGUCCAACAAAUUUAUUAUUAACCUUUUUAGCGGUUAGUGAUGGUCUUGUUAUGUUUAUUUAUAUUAUAUUUGAUUAUUUCUAUUUAAUGACACCUAGAUUAUUAAAUGGGAUGACUAAAUCAUAUGCUAACCUAUUAUUGAUUAAUAUUGUAUUACAAAAUUUAUUUCAUGCAUUCUCUGCAUGGAUCAUUGUUGCUGUGGCUAUAUUUCGUUUAAUUUAUAUUAAAACUGGUGUUAGAGCUGCUAUUUAUUGUAAUAUGUUUAAAGCAUGGAUUGUUAUUAUAUUAGUGAUUAUUAGUUCUAUUCUGCUAACUAUACCAUUUAUGAUAGCACAUCAAAUACGGAUCAAAUCUAAUAAUCAUGAUCAUUAUACUACUGAUAAUACUAGUGAUAACACUACUACUACUCAUCUAAUCUAUACUACUUAUAAUCAAUCAACUACAUCAAUAUUAUAUGAAGUUGAUUAUACAACAAAUAUACAUUUAAAAAUUAUAUUAUUUUGGAAUUCAGCUAUAUUAGUUAAAGCAUUACCUAUAAUUAUAAUGACAACUGUUAGUGCUGCAUUAAUAACAUCAAUAAGAGAAUCAGAAAAACGUUAUCGUAUAUUAAGAAGACAUCGUAAUGAUUGUAAAAAUUUUCAAAUUACCAUAGAUACUACAAGGAUUGAUAGUUUCAUUCAUAAUAAUAAUAAAAAUAAUAAUGAAGGAGAAGAUAAAUCAAUAACAGUAAUCCGUCCAAAACAAAAAUGUAAUUCACAUAUUGAAACGUAUUCUGGUGGACGUAGUGCAAAUCAAACUACAUAUAUGUUACUUACUAUAAUUAUGUUAUAUAUAUUUACAUAUUUACCACAAUCUGCUCUAUUAUUAUUGAACAAUUUUCAAGGUGGAUGUUUCAGUGCUACAGUUUAUGAAAGAUUAGGUGAUUUUUUGGAUUUUUUAACGCUAAUUAAUAAUGGUUUAAAUUUUAUUUUAUAUUGUGUUAUGUCAAGACAAUUUAGAUAUACAUUUUUACAAUUAUUUUGCCCAUUUCUUAAUUUAUAACCUGUGUGAUCUAUAUCCAUCUAUCUAUCUAUCUAUCUCUCCAUAUAUCUGCUUAUUGUGCAAAUGAUUAGCAAGAUUGUUGUAUAUGUACAGACAUAUAUCUAUAUAAAUAAACUCUUGUGAAUACUUG